UCCUCGCGCUCGCUGCUGCCGCCCACGCGGGGAUUUGCGUCAGGCAGCCGCGUGGGAGUGACGAGAGCGAAGCAGCAACGGAAUAUCCCUCACACGCGCUCACACUCACGCUCACACACUCAUACACACACACACUCAUACACUGACACUCAAACACACACGCCCAGCCGCCCUGGAGUGAGGAGCACUGACUGAAGCAGCAGUAGCAGUGUUUGUGAGCCGCGCGCGCACAGGUUGGGCUUUACGGAGAACCGGAGGAACGAACGGAGAGCGAGCGCGAACAGACUGAGAGACCUUGACUGGUGAGCAGAGUCAUGUCGCUCUUAAUGCCCCGUUCCGUCGGGGAGCUGCAGCUAUACCGCAUCCUGCAGAGGGCAAACCUUCUCUGCUACUACGCUGCUUUCGUCCAGCAGGGCGGUGAUGAUGUCCAGCAGCUGUGCGAAGCUGGCGAAGAAGAGUUCCUUGAGAUCAUGGCUUUGGUCGGUAUGGCCACCAAGCCACUGCAUGUGCGCCGCCUGCAGAAAGCCCUGCGCGACUGGGUCACUAACCCCGCCCUCUUCGACCAGCCUCUGACAUCACUUCCUGCCUGCAGUAUACCUGUGUACAAGCUUCGUGAAGAUUCACCGACCAUCUAUAGCACUAAACAGAAGACCCAGCCGACAGAGCCCCGAGCCUGGAGUAUGAGUCCGAGUGGUGCAGUGGGUGGGGCAGGCACCCCGGGGUCCGAAAGCCCCUCCCCAUCCUCAGCCUGCUCCCCUUGUUGGACCGGAGAGCCAUCGGAGGUACUGGAGCCGGCUGUCCUGCACUGCGUGUCCGAGUGUGUGCGGAGGCUGGCCCCCACGCUGUCCAGGAGCGACCCUGCGGAGGUGAAGGGGCGUCUCCGUGGCAACAAGAAGCUGAGCCAAACUAUCACCCGCCUCUGCGAGUUGAGCGAGGAUGACCCACAGAGGGAGGAGGAGAUACGCAAGUACAGCGCCAUCUACGGGCGCUUUGACUCCAAAAGACGAGACGGCAGACCGCUGACCACUCACGAGUUGGUUGUAAACGAAGCUGCUGCUCAGCUGUGCUUGUUGGACGGUGGUCUGCUCACACACCGAGACCAGCUCUUCUCUCUGGCCAGACACAUCUCACGAGAGGUCACCUACAGACACGCCUUCAGGAAUAGGCCCAGCGCAGACGAUGAAGAGGAGCUGUUGUCACGCAAACGCAUUAAAAUCGAGCAGGAAGGUGUGUACAGCCUGCAGGACUCUCUCUAUCUCCUCCAUAUGCAGCAGGAGGCUCUGAGAGAGCGGUUAGCGUGUGCUACAGCUAAAGGACAAGAGGGCAUCACACAGGCUUUACAGGUGCAGUUGGACACUGUGUUUUGCAGGCAGGUUGAGUUGUUGCAGGAUGCUGCUGUUCAGGAGCAGAGCGUCUGCCCUGUUGCCCUCAGAUACACAUCUGACCCCGGUGACCCCAACACAGACCACACCACCCGCCCACCAGAGGAACGUCCUGAAAGCCUGUACAUGAUUGGUCGGAUUUCGUCAAACGGGGAAAUCCCAUUGGGCCGACAGUUGGCCAAUGAGCUAAAGCAGCAUAACAAACAUCGGCGGAUCUCCGAGGAACCACAUCAUCAAACAAAAAAUGGGACAUCCCAGAGAGAGCUCUACCCUUUGGACUACAGGAAGAUCAAACCAGAACCAGAAGACUCCAGAUAGCAGAAAGUGGGUCAGCUGUGUGUUAUCCACCGCCCAGUACUUACCAACGGUCCUGUUCUGCCUUAAAGCCUUCAGUGCUGGACAAAAGAUCUUUCCCUGUUAGGAUUGUCUGUUAGAUUGCCAAAGAAAGUAGCAACGCUGACGUGAGAAAACCUUGUUUUGGGGGAGGAAAAACAUUCUCAGCUUUUAUUCCAGGUCGUUUUGGACUGUUUCUCUAGGCCCAUCUGGAAAUGUCCAAUCAGUGUUAAGGGGCAGCUAGUGUUUACAGAUUACCUAACCAAUAAAAACAAAGUAAAAGUGAUUAGGGUAGUCUAGAUGACCCAUUAUAAUGGGGUGGUGUGAAUUUGUGGCUGUACAGUGUUGUAUUUUAAUAGCCUUGCAUGUGUGUUUCUUCUUGUCCUUUUCUGCUUCGGUAAAAACGAGUGAAUUUAGUGGAGAAAGAGAGGAUGUAUUUAUUAGAACACUACUCUUGUAGCUCCACCAUCUUUGGUCGACAACAAUAAUGUGGUCAGCAACCAACCAGUGAUGAAUAGUUGUUUCUAAUAAAGUGGCCAGUGAGUGCAAGCACAAGUUGGAAGGUGAUGGGUGUUUCUAAUAAAGUGGCCAGUGAGUGGAAGCAAAAGAUGGAAGGUGGUAAGUGUUUCUUCUAAAGUGGCCAUUGAGUUCAAGCACAAGGUGGAGGGUGGAUGGUGUUUCUAAUAAAGUGGCCAGUGAGUGGGAAGCACAAGGUGAAAGAUGGUAGGUGUUUCUAAUAAAGUGGCCAGUGAGUGGAAGCACAAGGUGGAGGGUGGUAGGUGUUUCUAAUAAAGUGGCCAGUGAGUUCAAGCACAAGGUGGAGGGUGGAUGGUGUUUCUAAUAAAGUGGCCAGUGAGUGGAAGCACAAGGUGGAAGGUGGUAGGUGUUUCUAAUAAAGUGGCCAGUGAGUGGAAGCACAAGGUGGAAGGUGGUAGGUGUUUCUAAUAAAGUGGCCAAUGAGUGGAAGCACAAGGUGGAGGGUGUUUCUAAUAAAGUGACCGGUGAGUGGAUGCACAAUGUGGAUUGGGAUAGGUGUUUCUUCUGAAGUGGCCAGAGAAUGGAAGCACAAGAUGGACUGUUGUAGGUGUUUCUAAUAAAGUGGCCAGUGAAUAUUUCUAAUAAAGUGGAAGUUGGAAAGGUCUAAAUUGAGAAAUCCCCCUGUAUUACUGUACUGUAUUAGUGUAAAAGUGUUGUGCAGGUUGUGCAUCACUGUUGUGAGUGUAAUGUGACAUUGAUGUGACCUGUGUUGAAGUUUCCCAGGCCUUCAAGCUCAAUGGGAAACUGGUGCACCAGUAGACAGACUGGGAGGUGUGUUUACAGUCAAGCACUGAUUCCAUUAGUUUAGAACUUUGUGUGUUUAUUUGUUGCCGUUAUGUGAUUGUAAAGCCCUCGUUUUGUAAACACUAAUAUAUUUUAAUCUUUACAAAUAAACUCUAUUUUUUAAGUA